UGGUUCUUCACUUGAAAAUCAAAACAUAUAUCCUAUAUCUUUUCUGCUUUAUAGAGUACCCUAAGCAUACAAGCGCCAAACGAACUGAAAAGUUGUAGUAAGAACUUAAAAGAGGCAAGGAUGAAUCAAGAGGCGGGUGGUGGGCGCAGUCGAAAACGUAAGAGAAACAAACGUCAAAAAACAGUCGCCCCCUCAAGUGCCGGUUCGACUGUCAAACAACUGCCUUCGACUUCUGGUGUUUCGAAAAGUUCCUCAAAGCCAUUAACUUACCUUGAAAAGAUGAAAGCCAAGUUAGCAGGAGGUCAUUUUCGUAUGAUUAACGAGAAACUUUAUACUUGCUCUGGAGAUGAAGCUCUGGAAUACUUUAAAGAGGACCCGUCAUUGUUUAACAUGUAUCAUACAGGAUAUCAAGAGCAAAUGUCACGUUGGCCUGAACAGCCGGUUAAUAUCAUCAUGAAGUGGCUAAAGGAUCACAACUCGUCAUUAGUUGUGGCUGAUUUUGGUUGUGGUGAUGCUCGUUUGUCAAAAGGUGUAAAGAAUAAGGUCUAUUCCAUAGACCUUGUCUCAAACGAUCCUUCAGUGAUCGCUUGUGACAUGUCAAAUACACCCCUUGAUUCUUCAUCAAUAGAUGUUGCUGUCUUCUGCCUUUCACUGAUGGGCACCAACUUCCCGAAUUUUAUUCAAGAAGCAUACAGAGUACUUAAACCAAGUGGUUGGCUUUUGAUAGCAGAAGUGAAGAGUAGAUUUGAUCCCACCAAUGGAGGAGCAGAUCCAGAUAGAUUUGUUGAAGCUGUAUGUCAACUAGGAUUUACCUCUGUAUCAAAGGAUUUUUCAAAUAAAAUGUUCAUACUUCUAUAUUUCCGGAAAAAGCCAAAGAAGAAUUCUAGCAAGGAGAUUCAAUGGCCUGAACUGAAGCCAUGCUUGUACAAGCGUCGUUGAGCUCAUCACAUGUGUUUAAUGGUUACAUUUUCAUUAUUUUCCAAUGGUAUGAAGCAUUAGGUUUUCGAAGCGCCAUUACAAAAAGGAGAGUUCUAAACGUUUGAUGGAUGCCUUAUUACAGAUGGCAACAUAUGCUGUUAUACUCCUACAACUUUUUGUUUGUAUUGGUGAAUUUUGAGAGUUAAUUGCCUGAGAUAGGGUUUGGAGAAAUGUAAUAUGAAAACACGAUUUCUUUUCUUGUCUGCUCUUAACAUAUGCAUCAUAUGUUCUUGAAAGUGAAACCGUAUCUAUUAUGAGGUUUAUCUUUGAGACGAACACAUUUUUGAUGAGAGUAUCUCAAUUGACAUUU